CGACAAAACGCCAUGGCAUUGUCCAGUGCGAGCUCCAGGCAUGUCCUAGUCAAGUCUAUGACAGGCACCAGACCGCAAGCCCGCGACUCGGCCACCACAGUGGCGCGCGUUCGCUGCCGACUUUGCCGUGAGAGCGGAUCACCACCGGGUAUUAAAGUUGUUGAACUGUCCAUGCUAAAAAGCUAUGACGCAGCAGGCUCUGCGCGAUUAUUAUUAAGAUUUUGAAUUAUCGCUUCGUUCACGUUCCUCUGUCGACACGCCGCGUCUUCAACACCACCAGGUCGAGCACAUCGCCAACAUGAGCAUCGCCAAGCCCAGGACAAUCGCAUAACAGAGGACCCUGCAGGCACUUUCCUGCGCGCGCCAAGAUCGCAAUCAUGCCUACGCUGGCGCUCACAAACUUCAACAUUCUGGUGGGCUUCCUGGGCGGCUGGAUCUCACUCUUUGGUCUCGUGUCGUUCCUUUGCAAAGAGACCUUUUACCUCUCCGAGGCCCUCAUAUCGCUCCUAGCUGGCGUCGCCUUCUCGCCCCACGCGGCGAAUUUGAUCAGACCGCUCGAAUAUGCAGGCACGCAGGCCAAUGUCGAGGCCGUCACCCUGGCCUUCUCCCGCCUCGUCCUCGGCGUCCAGCUCGUGCUCGCCGGCGUGCAGCUGCCGAGCAAAUACCUGCGCGUCCAAUGGAGGCCCAUGACUUUGCUCGUCGGGCUCGUCAUGACCUGCAUGUGGCUCUCCACGAGCCUCCUCGUCUGGGCCAUGGUUCCCAGCUUCCCGUUCCUCUAUGCCUUGGCCGUCGGUUCCUGUGUUACGCCCACCGACCCGGUUCUGUCCAACGUCAUCGUCAAGGGCCGGUUCGCCGACCAUAACAUCCCCAAGGACCUCCAAGACCUCAUCAUCAGCGAGUCGGGCGCCAACGACGGCCUGGGCUAUCCCUUCCUCUUCCUGGCCUUGUACCUCAUCAAACACGUCGGUGCACAUGGAGAGCAAGGGUCGGCGGCGGGCGCUGGCACGGCAAUAGGUCUCUGGUUCGGCGAGACUUGGGGCUAUACCAUUAUCCUGAGCGUCAUCUAUGGCGCUGCCACCGGCUUGCUGGCAAAGGUACUGCUGAAGUGGGCCGAGGAUCGCAAGUAUGUGGAUCGAGAGAGCUUCCUCGUCUUUGCGAUUUCUCUCGCGCUCUUCAUUGUCGGAACGUGCGGCAUGAUUGGCAGCGACGACGUCCUGGCCUGCUUCAUUGCGGGCAACGCCUUCACGUGGGAUGACUGGUUCCGCCUGGAGACCGAGGACGACUCGUUCCAGCCGACCAUUGACAUGCUGCUCAACGUCACAAUCUUCAUGUGGUAUGGCGCCGUGAUUCCGUGGCACGAGUUUGUGCACAACAAUGUGAUCCCCAUCUAUCGCCUGAUCCCCCUGGGUAUCUUGGUCCUCAUGCUCCGACGCCUGCCGUUCGUGUUCGCCAUUCAUCGCUGGAUCCCGCAGAUUGAGCAGGCGAAGCAGGCCAUCUUUGUGGGAUUCUUUGGCCCCAUUGGAGUCUCCGCCGUGUUCUAUCUCUACGUUACCCUCGAGUUCAUCGAUGGCCUUGCGGAGGGUCCUAACCCUGCAGCGGAUCUGGAUCAAUUCAAGGAGACUGUUCGCGUUGUCGUAUGGUUCCUUGCCGUGUGCAGCAUUGUCGUUCAUGGACUGAGCAUUCCCCUCGGAAAGCUUGGGUAUUAUGCUCCUCGUACCCUAACUCGCAAUCUCUCCAUCAUGAGCGGCGACGAGGGAGACCCGAACCAGAGGGCCGUACGAGUCCGCGGUAGAGUCGUAUUUCCACUCAGCCGGGCCGGCAAUCGAGCUGCGCGGAAGCAACGGACCGGCGACGCUGAGUCGCAAGCACAGACUCAAUCUGAUGAUGAGUACAUUCGCAUGGGUCCCAGACUGCGUGGUUCCGUCAUCCCUGAACCACCGAAGGCAGCAGACCAGUUCGGCAACAAGCCAGUCGACCAGAACCAGGGACCACUCGCAUCGAUGCCAGAGCUGCCCAACCGUUCGAUUCGAUUCUUGGAUGAUACGACACCGCCGGAUAAGCAAGGGGACUGACGCAUUUCACAUCAAAGGGCGCACCUGGCUUGUUACUUCACCAGCCGUGGCUAUCUAAUGGGAAGGGGUGGAACAGGGCUUUAUGCUCGCACAAAUUCUUAGAGGUGGAAUAGUAGAGCCAGGCUACCUGAUCUUAUAAUAACAUGGACCAUUUUUCGUCAC